AUCAGCACAACAUCCUUUGCUUUUUAGCUCUCACCAGUUCAUGAACAUCAUGGGCUCAACAGGCUGCUCGUGGUCAUUCUCCAUCCCUAUACUGCUGCUCGCUUUAUCGCUCAGGUCUUUAGCCACACAGGAAUAUGAUGAUUACUCAAAUGAAGAAGAACGGAAUGACUCAAAUACUUGUGAGAAUAUAUUGUUUCCACGAUCAUUCCGUGGGGAACUAAACAAUACAUUUUUGUCAAUUUCAACAACAUCCAUGGAUUUUCUGAAAAGUCCCAUCACUGUCCUGGUUAUACCCUUUAUCUAUACUUUAGUGUUUCUGGUGGGAUUACCAGCCAAUGGCCUUGCUUUAUGGGUUUUGAUGACCAAAGUCAAGAAGAUGACCUCUACCGUCUUCUUAAUGAAUCUAGCAGUGGCAGACCUCCUGCUCAUCCUGGUGCUGCCCUUUAAGAUACUUUACUACUUCAUGGGAAAUGACUGGAUCUUUGGAGAGCUAAUGUGCAGGGCUGUUACUAGUUUAUUUUAUGGAAACAUGUAUUGUUCAGUUCUUCUACUUAUGAGCAUCAGUAUAGACCGCUACUUGGCUGUGGUCCAUCCUUUCUUCUCUAGAACAUUUAGAAGUCAGUCUUUUGCCAUUGCUGUAUGCUCAAUUUCCUGGCUAAUCUCUGUUUUAUGUACAAUACCGUUGGCUACAAUGCAACAGUCCUAUCCUUUACUUAAUGCCGACAUUACAGUGUGCCAUGAUGCUCUUCCCAGGCAAGAGCAAGUGGAGUAUCUGGUUUAUUAUUUUAUGACAACCAUUGUUCUCUGCUUUGCUUUACCUCUGUUGAUCAUAAUAUUCUGUUACAUCUCUGUUAUUCAAUCACUGAUAUCGAGUGGAGAAAAAUAUGCCUAUGCUGUAAAACUGAGUGUCUUGGUUCUGAUGAUAGUGAUCGUCUUUUUGACACCCAGCAACGUGGUUCUUUUAAUUCAUUACUCUGAGCACUGUCUGCAAAGUUAUGGAAACCUAUAUGCCGUCUACAUGGUCUGUUUAACGCUAAGCGCCAUUAACAGCUGUGUGGAUCCAUUUGUAUAUUAUUAUGUAUCUGAAGAAUUUCGAGACAAGGUGAGACACAGGUUGCGGAAAAGUUCCAAAAUAUCUAUCACUUCAGUCAAGACUUCUAAAGACCCUCUUCCAAGCUACACGAAUUCCUGCUCACAUUCAGUGUUGUGAUAUUUUUCCUUUCCAAAAGUUCUGCAGACUGAAAUAUGGCAAGCACAGUGUUUACAUCACUUGCAUUGUCAGUGAGGGGCUAUAGUGA